UCGAAAACAAAGAUCGAUCAGAUCAGUGUCACAUCAGUUUCUGUGUGACAGACUGGCGACAUGGAUCUCCCGGCUUCCGAUGCUCAGCAGCCCGAAGAAGUGGUAGAAAAGUGCGACAAAGCCACCUGGACCCACGAGCACUCCCCGCCACCGUCCCGCGAUAAAUCCUCACCGAAGCUCCGCCUGAAACCGAUCUGCCAAGCGCCGAGAAACAUCUCUCCGAUCCCGGAGGGAUCCAAAUCGAACGAUUCAUCCCUUCCACGGCAAUCCAGUGUCCUGUCCGAUUCGGAAGCCGUCGGAAGUGGACAUUUCCGAGCCGGGUUGAUGGUCACGAUUUUCAGCAUUCACUGGUUCGCUUCGGCUGCGAUCUUCUUCACCGGGCUAGUCCUUACCCUUGCUCCACCCAGCCAGGAUCAUGCCUGCCAUCUGUACUUCAUAAUGGUUUACCUUCGAGCUGGCUACUGGAUCGCGACCUACAUUCAGCAUGAGAUGAUCAAACCUGCCUGCCAAAGGCUAAUUAACCAGAACUACAACCUCUACCGGGACAUGACUUGCUACCGGAAGGCACCUCUACAGAUUGUCUCCAUUUGGAAUAUGGUCCUGCUGGCUGUGCAGAACUACGUGCAAACCUUGUUCAUGGCCCAUGAACACGGACCGAACAUCUGCGGUGUGAUCGAUAACGACGAAGAUCGCUUCGAACUGCGGACAAUUUCCCCACAGUUGUUCAUAGUGAUCUUCUGCGGACUGGAAACGACCACUUUGGGUUGCUUCUACCUUCCGGCCAUUAUGAGACUGAUCAGAUCGACGCUACCGCAUCAGGAGGAGGAGGAAACCCCGAACCAAACGCUCUCGAAUCUGGACGACAUUCCCGUUAAUCAGCGACUGAAACGGCAGGCGGAACAGGUUAAAAUUCUGCGCGUUGCCUAUCUGAAGCUGAAGCACGAAGCUGCCACCCUGGGUGCAUUGGAUUGAGUUAUUCGGUCAUUGUCGUUCAAUCCUCUGUUGCGUUUACAAAAUAUUUUGUAUUAUGUAUUAUUGGGGUCGUACAUUUGAGAUUUGCGAUCAGUGUCUUUUUUUUUAGUGUUAUCAAAUAAAAAUAUAAUGUUUUGGUUAAUGCAUCAC